AGCGGAGAGGCAGUGCGAGCUGCGCCGCGCGUCAGUGAGGGACACCACCGCGGCCACCGGCAUCUCACUGAAGCACUGCGAGCAUGGACCUAUUCGAGUUUGACUUCUUCAGGGACUGGGAGCUAGAGCAGCAGUGUCAUUACGAGCAGGACCGCUCGGCGCUGAAGAAGAAGGAAUGGGAGCGGAGGACCCAAGAAGUCCAGCAGGAUGAGGACUUAUUCUCGACCGGUUUUAAUCUGUUUGGCGAGCCGUACAAGACUAACAAAGGAGAUGCCUUGGCCAACCGGGUUCAAAACACGCUUGGGAAUUACGAUGAGAUGAAGGAGCUCCUGACCAGCCAUUCCAACCAGAGUCACCUCGUGGGCAUUCCUAAAAACUCUGUUCCACAGACUCCUGUGGAGAAACCCGAGCAGCCGGGCUUCUUUUCCGAGACUCAGAGGAGUCGAGCUACCCCUUCCCAACCAGCAAGCCACGGCACUUCAAUGCCCCCACCCCCAAAUAACAGCAUGUCGACAUCCAGCAUCGUCCAUGGGCAUCAAGGCGGCAAAAAGUCCCGAUCUUCAGACUGGUCCCGAGGGGCUCACAGUUCAAGCGGCGCUCAGGCUUCUCAAGCUGUCAGCCGGGGAAAACACUCCGGUCAUGAGCAGACAUCAAGCAGACACGAUCAGGACCAAGAGGACUCGAGUCCAAACCCCUGUGGACCUACAACUUCGUCACACUCCAACAGAAAGCAGGCACAGUCCAGCAAAGGCCCAUCCAUGGCCGAGCUUUGCCUCGGAAAGUCUCCCGUUGAGCAGGAUUUGUGCUCCCAUGUAUGCGGCUCUCCGUUGGCUUCCACGUCCCUGCUUCCCAGCGGACUCUCGACGCCAACUUUCCCCCAAGGCCUCCAUUGCAAGCCGAGCAGCGUCGUGCAGCAAAAACCCACUGCCUACGUCAGGCCCAUGGACGGGCAAGACCAGGUUCCCAACGAUUCCCCAGAGCUCAAACCCCCUGUGGAGGUUGUGGAAGGGUACAACGGCGUGCCAUUUGGUGGUCUGCUGGAAAGCAAAAGCAGCACAGCUGGGACCAAGGGAAAACUUCCUAAACUGACACUGCCACAAUCCGGGGAGGUCAGCCUGCCCAGCGACUCCAAUUGUGUGGAGGAAAUUCUGCGGGAGAUGACCCACUCCUGGCCUCCACCUCUCACUGCCAUACACACUCCAGGCAAAGCUGAACAGACCAAGUUUCCCAUCCCUGCAAAGGAUCCACAGCAUGUGACCUCAGGAUACAAUGGAAAGCGCUGCAACGUUCCUGGUAACAAACCUGCAACCAAGCCUGCGCCGCAGAAGUCAAUGCUUGAGGAUGAUUUGAAAAUCAGCAGUGAUGAAGAGGACACAGAACAGGCCACUGAGAAGACCAAGCCCAGGAGCGCUGCGCUCAACAACCCUGAAGCCCCUGCACGGACCACCGAGCCCACCGGUCACUCUAGCGGCGCAUCGGGGAGCUCCAGCGAAUCAGAGAGCAGUUCAGAGUCUGACUCGGACAGUGAGAGCAGUUCCAGCGAGAGUGAAUGCAACCGGGCUUCCCGUGCCGCCACGCCAGAGCCUGAGCCUCCUUCAACCAACAAAUGGCAACUGGAUAAGUGGCUAAACAAAGUUAAUCCCCACAAUAAAGCACUAAUAAACACCCAGUCAGAUAGACAUGGGCUUAACAGCUCACAGCCCGACAAAGGCCAAGCCUCAGAGAACCAGAGCUCCAACAAGAGCAAGCCCACCGCAGCACUGGCACCAGCAGACCCCAAGGAGAGAGCUUUGCUCAGCCCGAUCCGAGAGAAGGCAAAACCCAAGACCGGUCAGAAGGCUCCGGAUAGCAAAAGCACCAAGGUAAAAUCACCAGCCACAGUGGAGCUAGCCCCUCCCAGAAAAAGCACUGGCAAGAAGCAGCCAAAAAAGGUGGAACGAUCGUCCAGCAGCGAGGAGCACAAUUGGCCCCGACCGGGAAAUUCAAGUUCCACCCCAAAGGAGAAAGAACCUCCACCUUUAGAUCCUCCCAAACCUAGAGGGAAGGGCCCUGGGGUCAAGACGGCUCCACGGAAGGAACCUCGGACCACAACAUCAAACACUGCACCUACCAACAUUACACCAGUUCCAGAUAAGAAGAAGCACAGGGGACCCAACAAGAUCAUUCCCAAGUCCAAGGAGUUCAUAGAAACUGAGUCUUCUUCAUCUGAGUGUCACUCAGACCCUGAGGAGCUGUCCAAGGUCCAGCUUCCCUGCCCCGUUCCCAACACCCUAAACCUGAAAUCCAAGGAUUGCAACAGUAAUAUCUUGAGUGUUAGUAGCCUUACCAGUACAAGCAGCACCUCCAUUCCUGACCCAGGGGCUUCGGAUCUCCUGGAAGAUCCCCUCUUUUCCCCCAUCCCCAUCAUACAGAAUGAACUUUUGUCACCGCUGAGAGACUUUGAGGAUGUCAAGUCCCUUUGGGUUAAGAUCGAACUCAGCUUCCUGUCUCGGAUACCGGGGCAGGAACCACCGGAACCUCCCCCGACCAAAGCCGAGUGUCGGGAGGUCAGUGUGAAACACAGACGGCAACAGUCACCUGCCUCCAUCCCUGCGGAGAAAAACCCUGGUAAAUCAAAGAGGAAACACAAGUCUGAGCACUGUGAUGUGAUAAGUGGAGGCAAAAAGCUCCGGAUGGACAAAGAAGCUCUCCUGCUUCCUCCCUGUAUAUCUCCCAUACACAACUUCAAGAUCUCCAGCACAAAAGAUACGUUAAAGAAGCAGACUCGCAAGCGGGACGAGAAGCUGUUGCCUCCGCUGCUGUCGCCGCUGUCGGAUGAGCCGGUGAACCGCCAGAGAAGGAGCAGUGAAUGCAGCUCCAUCAGUCAGGAGGGAAGCACAUCCACCCUUCCCAGCACCCUGCCCUCCACCCGCACUACAACUGCCUCCACGUGCUCAUCAUCCUCAUCACACAAACAGCGAAAAGGAGAAAACAAAUCUUUCUCCCAUUCCAAGACCAGCAAUGAGGAAGACGGUCACAUCAAGCAGUCCAACAGUUUUCACGGCAACGGUCAGUCAGAAACAGACCUCUGGUUGAACACUUCAGCUCUGUCCAUGGAACACAUGGAGCCAAGACGGCCUAAAAUCACAUUUAAUACCACAGUUCACAAUGCAGAUUACUACAUGCAAGAAGCCAAGAAGCUAAAGCACAAGGCAGAUGCUUUGAUGGAUAAAUUCGGCAAAGCUGUGAAUUACGCCGACGGCGCGCUCUCGUUCAUCGAAUGCGGCAACGCCAUGGAACGAGACCCAUUAGAGGCCAAGUCACCCUACACUAUGUACUCAGAAACAGUCGAGCUCAUCAGGUAUGCGAUGAGAUUAAAGAACUUCACCAGUCAUUCCGCCACAGUAGCUGAGAAGAAGCUUGCUGCAAUGUGCAAUCGUUGUUUGUCACUUCUGUAUUUGCGAAUGUUCAAACUGAAGAAGGAUCACGCAAUGAAGUAUUCGCGCUCGCUGAUGGAGUACUUCAAGAAUUCUGCAAAAAGUUCCCAAGCACCGUCGCCGUGGGGAGCCAACGGAAAGAGCACAGGUACACCGUCUCCCAUGUCCCUGAGCCCAUCUCCCGUCAGGUCCGUCAGUAGUGGUGCCAUAGGUUCGUCCUCCUCCUCUGGAAAUGUGGCUAUUCCCCAACGCAUCCACCACAUGGCAGCCAGUCACGUUAACAUCACCAACAACAUCUUGCGCAGCUAUGAACACUGGGAAACCGCUGACAAGCUGGCCCAGGAAAGUCAAGAGUUCUUUCAGGAGCUGGACUCAGUAAUGGAACCAUUGACGCAGCACAGCAGCAUGACAGAACUGGUGCGCUACCUACGCCAAGGAUUGCACUGGCUCCGGCUGGAGGCCCAUUUGUUAUAGUGCCGGCACUUCCACUGUGCCCUUUCUCUCUCGCUGUCAUUCUCUUUCUCACUCUCUUUCCCACCGCUCAUCACUACCUCCACCGUCUUCGCCAUCGACAACCCUCCGGAUCCCGAGGGUGGUCCACAGUUAACCACUAGCGAGUCUCAGAACUGUGAGUUACUCCCGGGAGGGUGUCCCAUCCUUGCGAGGAGUGCAUCGGGAACGUCGCAGAACCCCGCAGAUAGGAGAACUAGGAGGGACGUACCUGGAAUUGCCGAGUUGUAGCGCUACAAACGUUCAAUCGACUACAUGGAGAGGUUUCACAAGUGUUGCAGUGAGCAAGCUAACCAAGUGACAGAAAACUCAAAUUGUAGCCUCCGUUUUGUGGGUUUGCUUUGUUUGGCUGGUAAAGCCAGAAAUAUACUAAAACAAGUACGCAAACGCAGAGCGUAGCUACUAACACUUUGAAAAUGAAAGUGUCACCUAACUAACCAACUUCUUCAAUAAAAAUUUGACCCAACACAGAUAAAAAUUGUCAUAGAAGCAAAAGAGCGUUUGCGUACCUGUAUGCUGUACGUUUUGGGCUGUAGUUCAGACCCACAGAAGUUAGGCUAUAUUUCCUUAAAAAUGAGCUGUUAACAUAUCUCAUUCCAGAUUUAUUCGACAUCUUCUCAUGUUUUUUUUUUUAAUCCGUCAGGCUUUUGUAAUGACUGUAAGAACCGGCUACACUAGUCAAAUCGGUUCUCUCGGAUGAUGCCGUCGGUCUGUUGUACCGCACUAUGACAGCUGCCAUGCGUACGAUAGGCUUGUUGCUUUCACUCCAAAGCUGCGUUCUCUCAGUGUGGCCGUUCGGAGACUGAUGAGCGAUUUUCCUGUGCAAUUCUUUUCUACAUAUGCACAUAUGACAGAUUGAUACUUCUGCAAGCGGCAUCGGAGACCCUUUUUUCCAAUAUGUACCAUAAUGACUGUGUUGUAUAUGACAGCUACUUUAACUGUUCGGUGUUUGUUCAAUCUUGCAUGUUAAUGCGGAGAGCUCGAGGUAGAACUGAGAGACAUGGGCACGUUUCACGAGCACUGCGACGAAUCGAUGUGUUUUGUGCACGUUUUUGCUUUUCAUCGACUUGAUCACAAUUACCAUUAGGUCCUUAUCCAUGGAGAGUUUAUUAGCGCUUGGAUUUUAACAUCGCGCUUUUCUAGCUCCAGAGACGCUCCCGAAUGAAACGAGCGUUUUUGGUCUUUGAACUUUUUUAAGAUCAAAUGUUCAUUUCUCAUGCAUAAACUCUUUGGUGAUGAAUUUAAUGUUAAAUCGGAGAAAUGUUUCUCCGCGUGAGUGUAGGUGUUUGAGAAUGUGUGUGCGUGGAGCAGAUUUUGGGUUCAUUGUAUUGCAUAUAGCUUCAAGCGUCUGUCGAUCUAUCACGUGAAUGUCAGACUGUGAGAGUGACAGAGAGGAUGAUGUAUGUGUGUGAAAUGGACAUUUCACUAAGAUUACUCAAAAGUGCCUGCGUAUCCAAUGGAAAUUUAUUAGAGUCUAUAUUUAAGAAUGAAUCUGAAUGAUUUUCCAUACCAUAUUGGUAUAGCCAAUGUUUCUGUUUUCAUAACAUGAUUAUUUAUUUAUUUUCUUUGUAAAAUGGUGUUAUCUGUUUUGGCUUUAUUGUUCAACUUUGUAAAAAGUGCAUUUCAGAAAUUCAUUUUCUGCUCUGAUGAUGAUAGAAAACGACCUAAAACUCGUCUUACAGUAGUACGCUUUACCGCUGAACAUGCUUUCCUCAUUAGCUCCUUACAAAAAUUUCACAUACCGUAGCGAGAAGUGUUUGCCGUUCAAUAAAUCGCUCGUUGUGCAAUACACACUGUAGCACGGCAAGGAUGAAUAGCAAUACUUUAUGAUAAAUACUCCAAUCAUCCAGCAAGUAUCAUAUCCUCCAAAUGAACCGCGAAACAAAUAAAUCAAAGCAAGUUUUUGUUGGAAGCCAUUAUUCCCUUUAUGGACUUCCUUUGAUGCAAGACAAAAAGUAACUUUAUGCAAGAAAAUCACAUUUUCUUUCCCAUUAUAAUGUUACCAGCUGUUGUCUUACUAGUGUGGAGUCAGUUUCUAGAAUUUGUUUGCCUUCUGCAGCAUCUGCUGUCGUGAAUGUUUGAGUCGUGCCAGUCUGGCGGUGAAAUCUGUGCCCCUCUGGCAGCACUGACUCACACUCAGUCAAGUAAACAACCUGCUCUGCCUAUUAGAUGCACCUCUAAUGCCCUCGGUUUGUCUUGCUAUAAAAAACAAAACAUUAAUAUACUUUCUAAAACAUUUCUCUGACUUUAUACUGUAUGCUGCUCCUAACUUGGGUAUAAAGCUCAUAUGCUGAAAGAACUAAUAAAUAAAGCAAUGUAAUAAGGCUCGGUGCCAUAGGUGACACCAGCAGACAAUAUGUACCGUAGAUUUAUAAACGAUUUUCAUUUGAAGGUGGAAACGUUGCUGAUACGUUCACUACAAUGGUCACAAAUAUUUAUGUCUAUUUAUGUACGGCAUCAAAUAUUCUGGAAAAGGAUGUCGGGUGUGCAUUUAAUACAGACCAAACCAGACCAUAAUACAUAUUUACACCAUUGUUAUUCAGGGUUUAGUUUAGAAAGGCAACCGCAGGUCAUUACUAAAAAUAAUAAUAUUUACAAAUUAUACAAAUGUUAUGCAGAUGUAUGAUCAGAUGUACAAAGAGUGCGAUUCAUUUUCCAGUUCAUACACUCUCAAAAAUAAGGAUAUACAAGAACAAAGAUCCAUUCAAAGGAUCUUAAAAACAUUUAUAACAUUGUCCAUAGAACAGUUCUCACUACAAAGAAUGUUUUGUGAAACAGAAAGGUUAUGCGGGUGUUAAACAAAGCAAUAAGCCCCAAGAGGCCGUGGUUUACAGGGAUUUUAUAACAGCUAAUGGGCAUUAUUUAAAUGACAGCAAAUCAAAUCUAAACAUCUUGCAAUGGCCAAACAAUGUAGUUCCUCGGAAAUGACAAAGCGCUUGCCAAUAACACAGAUACAGCAACAUAUUGGCGCAGUGAUACUUGUGUAACACGGUCAGCUUUAUGUUUCUGGCAAUUUUACAACAGCCACACAACCAAUCAGAAUCAAACAUCAGAUUUAACCAUUUUAUAAUGUUCUGUGUGGAACCGUUUAUGGUUCUUGACAUCAAUAUGCACCUUUAUUUUCAGAGUGUAGCAUUCAUUGGGCUUAAAGAGGAACAAAAACAUUACUGCCAAAGUAAGCCAAAGAAAAGUAAAUAGCAUUAGCUAGCGAGUAAAAGGUAUGUAGAAGAACCUUUACUUGCUUACACGGCCCAUAAAAUUAAUAUACACAAUAAAAUUCAACCAAUUGCUUAUUUAAUACAAUAACAUAGUAAUAUAAAUGAAAUAUUAAUAAUAAUAUUGUAUUAUUAGCCAAUAGCCAGACCAAUCAACAAACACACACCAGAAGUUAACUUGGGGGCAGACGCAUGUCCCCGUCUACAAUAAAAAUAAGAUACAAUUGUUUAUCUGGUAGUUGAAGUGUUAAAAAUGUUGAAAUUACCUUUAUUUACCAUGUAUGGGUUGGGGCUGUUACAUCAUAAUUAAAAGAGUGUAUUAGCAAAACAGGACUCAUAAAGUUUUAAGAAUGUUUGAAACUUGAGUAAAGGUAUAAAAAAUAUAGUGGUUGUUCCUCAUAUUGGCCUUUUCAGCGUGUAAUGUGUGUUGCAUUGUAAUGUACCCAUUUAAGCCAACCGUUUGAAACGGAUGAUCAUUUAACCAGGGCUAUAACCAUAACCAUGCCAUUCCCAAAGACAUUUGCUUCAAUUCCAUUCAGACCUCUUUCCUCAAAGCUCGAAGGUGUUUAUUUUGAAAUAAUGGCAAUGCGGUUAGCAAUUAACCCGACUCGCUUUCCGAUGUAGCAUAAGGUCCCUUUGAUUCUUUGUGUUUCUCAAUAGGCUUUAGUACGGUGGAAAAAGCCUAUCAGGAAGAACAAUCUCCAAUUAAAGCGGGCUCAGCUGGAGGCUUUUUUAUUUGCUCUGCGAAUUAAACAUGUAAAUAGCUAUUUGUUACCACAUCAUGUUAGUCAAUUAAAGAUCGCCCAAUUCCCACGCUGAUGAAGAGUCGGCAUGUACAGCGCUGUACAUUGGAAGAAGGCUCCUCGGAACACAAUACAUCAAAUAAAUAGGCUUGAUUCGUAUUAAACAUGGGCACUUCUCUGUUUAUAUGAUUAAAACAUCACCAAAAACAGAAUGAACUGUAAGUUGAGUGAACUUAGGCCGUACUGUUGCCGUAUUUAUUCAAUUGCGCGUUACCAAGUCAGUUUCUAACGUCAUCAGAGAUUUCAAUAUUAAAUACCUUAUUUCAAUGCCUUGUUACCAAUGUAGACUGUAAAGAAUCAAAGAGCAUUUAUUCACAGUCUCGUCCAGUUUGUGUUUCUCUGUGCAGUAUCGAGUUGUGCUCUAUGAUUUGUCUUUUUGAGAUUGUAAUCAUGUCAAGGCAUUGCAUUUGACCCCGAACCAUCCACAGCUUUGAAUCAAUGAAAAUAUGCAACAUCUCAUCACUUCCAAGGCUAUCAGCUUUCCUGCUAUUUCAGUUUGACAUUUAACGUCUGGUUUUUGAAUCCGAGUGGACAGUAUAGUAACACUACGAUGGAUUCACUCAACAAGGCAAUACUUCUUACUUAAAGUGGAUUGUUGGAAGCCAUCGAAGUAACCAAAUGAAGGCAAUGAGUUGCAGCAUGGUGCGUUGAAAAAGAUGCAUAUGCCUCAGCUUGUAGGGGUGACUAUACUGGCGAAAAAUCUAAAACUGAAAUUGGAGCGACGUCCCAAAGACACGUUAAUCUCGAUUGAGCCUUAUAGGAAAUGAUGUCAUUUCCAUUUCCUGUGGUUUCAGCAGCCAUCAUAUUGUUAUUUAAGAAAAGUUCCAAGGUUUCGAUAAAAUAUGCAAACCGUUUUAUGUGGAUAAAAAUAAUGGCGAAGACAAAAAUUUCGUACGAGUUUUAAUGCUGCAUGACUCUUUCUACAAGCAACAAUGUCAUAAUCAAAGUUGCAUUGAAUUAAUAAUCGAUUUCAGAGACGUCAGUAUUGUUAUAUGUUGUAGACAUAUUUAAACAGAAAGCAGUUCUGUGAAACUUGCGCUUUAUAGAAAUGCCUCAAUGCUACCUAUUGCCUAAAAGGAUGUUGGCUUGAGAAUGAGACGGAUUUCUACUUCGAGUAAAAAGCCUUUAUCUUAUGAAGGUACUGGCUGUGAAGGACGGACAAGGUUGUACACAUUAAUUGCAAUGACAGAAGAUUUCAAUGUUCUGGCAUGCUGUAGAUCUGUAGGUUUUUCGGUUCGGUUCGGUUGUUAUUUUUGUACAGAGCAGGUAACCUGCAAUGCUUUGAAUUUAUACAUUGUAUAGUUGUAUGGGUUCAUUUUCAAAUGCGUUAUGUUUCGAAAAAACCUUCCUGCCUGGUUAGCUUUGUAUUUCAAAUGUGUUGCACAAGUCCAGCAAAUUUUUUUAUUCUUCUUUUUUGGCUAUUGUAUGUUUAUUUUAUAAUAAAACUGUCAUACGUAUUGAACAAAAUUGAGAUGUAGUUAUGUUGUUUUUAAAUGUUUAAUGUCUGUAUAAAAAUGAUGAAUAAAAAUGGUA